AAAACGAACGAUUCAUUCGGUAGCAUGGCAUGAAAACUUAUCUGCAUUGGUAUACGGAUAGUUGGUUGAGUCGCAACCAAAAGCCUUCUCUGACUUUUGGCGGCAACAUGUUUGCCUUCAAAACGUUUUGCCGGUGUUUGUUUUAUAUUUUAUUAUGUGCCUGGGUUGGCAAUGUUAGUGCGGAAAAAUAUCGAAUCUGCGUUGUGGAUGGAAAGGAAGAAUACAAACAUUCAGCUAAGUACUGCCCAAGACUUGAUCAACAGGAUAGCCAAGUCGAAUGCGUAGUUGCUUCAGAUAGAUUAGAUUGCCUCAGACGAAUCCAUAAAGGAAAAGCAGAUUUUGGAGUCUUUACCGCCGAAGAUUUGGUUGCUGCAACAAACUCUGAAAUUGAUGUACUUUUAACCAACGAGCUGCGCUUUUCUUCAGAUCAAAAUUUCGAGUACGAGCUGGUAGCAAUAGUAGCCAAUGCAGCUAACAUUCGUCAGAAGCAUGAUCUUCGUGGUAAAAAAUACUGCCAUCCUGGUUAUGGUUAUGAAGCAGAUUGGACACGAAUUUUGUCAAAUUAUUUUGAAGCAUCUGUAGUGACUCCUCAAUGCCACCCGAACUUAACCAUAACGGAAAAUCGAGUCAAAGCAACAUCGAACUUUUUCGGUGCAGCCUGCAAAGCUGGGCCCUGGGUGAACAUUCCCGGCUUGGAUUAUGAAUUAAAGGACAAAUAUCCCAACCUUUGCAGCUUAUGCGGGGACACUAGGAGAUGUUCAAUCCAAGACAAAUAUUGGGGUAGACGCGGAUCAUUGUUCUGUCUGACCGAUGGAUCCGGAGACAUAAGUUGGGCUCGAUUAGAUGAUGUCAACCCACAUUUUGGGUUUACUUCUGGUAACCAAGGAAUCAAUCCUAAUGAUUAUAGUUUGCUCUGUCCAGAUAAUACUGUCAUGCCACUGAAUUCAAGCACACCCUGUGUAUGGGUGGUUAAACCAUGGUCUGUUAUUGCUGCAAGAAGAGCCAAAGCACAAAAAAUUCAAGACAUCAUUUCAAGUCUAAUUAACAGUGAUUCAGCAUCCUGGCAGGCCCAUUUGCUGAAUUUGAUUGAACCCAUUUAUUACAAUGUGGAAAAAUUGGAUCCUCCAACAUCCAUUGAAGCCUACUUACAUCGAGCUAAAGGGUUUUUGAAUGCAAAUAGCUUCUCUGCUUGCCAUCCACCAAGAACAAUUCGAAUUUGUACCACGUCCAACAUCGAAACUGCUAAAUGCUCUUGGUUGAGAGAAUCAGCUGCAGUUUACGGGAUCGAACCAGACCUAGAUUGCCUGAAAGCUGACAAUAAAACCCACUGCAUGAUGGCUUUAAGUGAUAAUGCUGCAGAUAUUCUAAUGGUUUCACCUGACUUGGUUCAGCAAGCGAAGAGGGAUUUUAAGCUAAGUACAUUAUUUUACGAGACUGUUCCCGAUGCAAACAAGUAUACUACGGUGGCAGUAACCAAAAAGGGGUCCAAGUUUAAGAGCAUUAAAGACUUACAGGGAGCGAAAGCUUGCUUUCCGGUUUACGGCGGUAUCGCUUGGAAUUCUGCAGUUCAUGCUCUACAAAAGAGGCGUUUGAUCGGCUGCAAUAUAAAUGCGGAGAUGGCGAAUUUUUUCGGACCAUCCUGUGUUCCAGGGAUAACGGAAAAUGAAUCUGAAAACUUAUGGAAACAGUGCCAAAGUGACUUUGAAGGUGAUAUGGGAGCUCUUCAUUGUCUAGCCAGUGGAAUCGGGGAUGUAGCUUUUGUUUCGAGUAAUUCUAUUGAUCAGUUCAGAAAUGCUGAAGACAUCGAUUAUCCACAUUUUUCUGAAGAAUCGGUGGAUUUUAAAAUCCUCUGUGAGGAAAGCAAUGAAAAUAAUCAACCAUGUCAUCUCAGUUGGGCCCCACUUGGCCAGGCAAUGAUAAGGUCAUCCAGUUCGGAUAUGUGGAAAAAGGACACGUUGAACGUUUUCAUUCAGCUGGAUGGAUUAUUUGGCAAAAAAUAUAAGGAUUUAACCAAUCAGUUCUCGAUGUUUGGAAGGUAUGACGGAGCUGCGGAUGUGCUGUUCCACGAUGAAACUGAAAAAUUGCGAAAUAUCCCAAUUAUGAAAAACACCGACGAAAUGAAGUUACCAUACGACAAAAUUUUAACGGAUAUAAAUGUAUGUUAUUCAUCAGCCAGUUGGAGCACAGGAACAUUAAUAUUGACAAUUAUUUCAUUAAUUGUAACCAUAUUAGUCUCGAAGUGAUACUCAAGUCUAUUGCCAAAUUCUAUGUGAGCAAUCAAGUUCAAUUUGGAAAUGUAUUAUAUUUUUGUAAAAAUUAAGUUAUUUACCACCAGAUGUAACGACUGAUCUGAUGACAACAAUUUUUUCGUUGUAUACAUGUUAGUUUCAAGAGUUGGUAUUUAAGUUAAGCCUAUUUUGCAAUUCCUAUGGCAGAAUGCAACUGAAAUUCCUAAAAUACUCAGUUUCAAAAGCGAUCUUGUGUUUUAGAACGUGCGAAUGUUGUAACUAGUAGGACUAUUUUCUGUGAUAAAACUGUCUUAUAUAUAUAAUAAAAAUGCUUUCUAAUAA